GCAUCUGGCUUUCUUUCAUCCGUACACUGUCACUGCUCUUGUCGAUCCAUCAGCGCCAUCUAGAAUAUCUCUCUGGGGGAAUCCUCUUACCCACCAUUUUCUACGGGGAACUUGACCAUUUUUGUGUUCACACUCAUUGUUCUCUUUCACACGUAUUGUCUACGUCACUCUCGGACCAAUUCUACUUGGACGGAUGUGAUGUGUUGCCUACCUAGUCGGCAACUUGAAUCUGCUGUUGCUUCCAUAUUUCUACGUACCUCUUAAUUUCGUUACCACCCUAACCGGUGCUCUCACGCUACGAGAUCCGACAGCACUGCGUUCAUGCACCGCAUUUAUGAGUUCACCACUAUCCAAACUUGAACUACUUCCUCAAUUGGUGUUGCGCCUCCUGUUGUUCCUCUAUGUGAUCUGUCUCUUUGCCGCACAAGUCUGGGUUGUUUUGCCAGCUCUGUUUGUCGAUCAGUUGCACGCAUAUGCACUUUAUCUAGCUGUUGGUGUGUAUAUUCUCAUAGGUUUUCUGUUCAACGCUGUCAAAUUAGUCCUUACUAGUCCCAGUAUCAAGGGAUUAAUGCUGGUUAGCAAAGCCGGUCCCGACUGGACAUACUGUGUGAAUUGUCAAAGCGUGAGACCCCCAAGAACACGUCAUUGUCACAUUUGUGACAUCUGCAUACUGAGGCGAGAUCACCAUUGUGUGUUGUUGGCUCAAUGCGUCGGCUUCACUAACUGGCGUUUCUUCUUCUCAAUGCUUUAUUUUGGCGCCUUUGGCGGCUCAUUGGCAACCUAUUUUCACAUGCGCUUCGUGUUUGGCCCCUACUUUCUACCGGAAAACUGGUCCACCGGCUUUCGCCUUCUGUGCUUGUUCUCUCCCCCCGGCCUUAUGUGGAUUCUUCGUCAGGCCACUCUUUGGCAGUGUGGCUUCUUCUCUUUGACAUCCUCGUGUCUGCUUUUUACUUGCUUUCAAUGUUGCUUCCUCAUCUACCAUAUGCUUUUGAUGGCUCGAAAUCAAACGAUGUAUGAUCGGGUCAGUCGCUGUAUGGCUACCGAUGCUGUUGGUUCACUGGACUCCACCUAUCCCUCAACAGACAUCUACAAUCUGGGAUUGCGAGAGAAUGUAAAACAGUUUUUGGGUGCGAACUGGUUCCGAGCCGUUUUCGUACCGUUCAGUCAGUCACCCUUGUCCACUGACGGACUGUCGUAUCCCCGCGCCGAUGGUAUCAAAUUCAAAUGAUCUUUCGGAUAUCUCUUUGGUUAUGUGUUACCGUGCUGUGUGUGUUUGGACAGUGCUUCGCGUUUCUUAUGUCUUCUGCAAAUUCCUAUAUUCCUUUCUCUACCAUUGAAUUGUUUCGAUUCCAUCAGCUGCCCACACAAAGAUCUUACUAAACUGCGUACUUUACAAGAUCUUGCACAGUGUCACCAGUAUUCCUGUAUCUGGACGGCCUUUUACUUUGCGCUGUUCACAUCGAUAUAUAUGUUGCCUAGUGGA